UCAUGUCUGCACUUCACGAUGGCUGAUUUUAAAUUAAUUUUUUGCCUCUUUUUGGGAAAUUUUUCAUUUUUCACGGCGAUGUCAGAAAUUGUCAAUGCAAGUUCCUCAAAUGAUUUUUUACUUGAUUUGCGAUUCCAAAAUAUCACCCUGACCCUGACCUCGAACCAUCUUUUGAACAAAACUUCCUUCGAGACGAUCGAUUUGUCUCAUAACAACUUGGAGUUCAUCACAUCUCACUUGUUGGAAGGUCUCAAGAACCUAAAAACGCUCAAAAUUGAUGAAAAUAAAAAUUUUAAACCACGAAAAGUCGAAGCUUUUCUCCAUAGCGCUUCAUUAACUUACUUUUCGUGUUCCGGAUGCGGCUUUCAAGAAAUUUACGAAAAAACGUUCACUGGCUUGCCAAAUUUGGAAGUCUUGGAUUUGAGCAGGAAUCAGUUGAAAAGCAUCGACAGCAAAAUCGCCUUUCAAUCCAACGAAAAAUUGAAUUUUGUGAAUUUUUCCUCGAAUUUUUUGGAUUUUAUUCAUCCGGAAACCUUCAGUGCGAACAAAAAUCUGCAAAUUUUGGAUCUCAGCAUGAACGCAGGACUCAAGGCGAUGCAAGGAAACUUUCUCAGCAACUCCCAUCUUGAGAUUUUGUACCUUCGUGGAUGCAAUUUUGACGUUCUCGAUGAAAAUACCUUCAGCGCUCUGCCCAAUUUGCGUGAAAUUUAUCUGCAAAAUAAUAAAAUUCGAAAAGUUAGUGCGGCUUCGUUCGAUAAAAACACAAUUUUAGCUAAAAUCUCCUUUGAAAUGAACUUUUUGGAGCAAUUACCGCUGCAAAUAAUCACGAAUCACACGAAAAACUUGUGCCUUGAUGCGAAUUCGUUCAAAUUGACACGCGGUUAUGUGCGACUUUACACCAAAUACGAAAAAUAUCACUUGAUACAUGGCGACGAGGCGACAAUUUGCGAAAAUAGAAAUGAAACGUUGAAGUUUGAGUGGUUUGUGAUCAAACAUAAACUGGUAAACAUGGCUGGCAUAUCCGAUGCAUUCAUUGGCACGUACAUAUCGGCGAUAGUUGUUGCAGAAAUUGUCGUUUUAGUUGCUCUCGUUGGAUGUUUCAUGAAGUUGUCGAAGAAGUUCAAGCCAGAGGAUUUGUCGCAAACGAUUUUGAAUGAGAGUAGUAUCUAUAAAAUUAUUAAAAAUGAUUAAAAAAAAA